CUAUGGUGUAAUCUGGUAGGAGUACAUGCCAGGAGGAAAGCUUCAUGAUGCUUUGCGUGAAAAGAAUCCACCACCAUCCCUGAAAUGGAAAGUCCAUUUUACAAUAGCAACUGGAAUUGCUUGUGGGUUGGCCUAUCUCCAUCUUGAUUGUCAUCCUGCCAUUGUACAUGGUGCCAUCAAACCAAGAAAUAUACUACUAGUUUCUGAUAUGGAGCCUCAUAUUGUUGAUUUCAGUUUUGCCCAGUUUUUCGAUCAAUCUUCUUCAACACCAUCUUCAUCUGUUCCAGCCGUUGAUGUCUACGAUUAUGGGAUAGUUUUGCUUCAAUUGAUAACCCAGAAGAAGGCAGUAGAUCCAUCAUUUAUAGAGGGAAUUGAGAUAAGGAGCUGGGUGAGAACUGUGUUGGGGGAAACAGGAGAAAUUAAUAAAAUUGUUGAUGAGAGCCUUGCAGAGGAGGUUUUGAAUCCAUUUGUACUUGCGCAAGUUAUUGAUGUGCUUAAGGUGGUUCUGAGAUGCACUGAGAAGAAUCCAUACAUGAGACCCACAAUGAGGGACAUUAUCAGGCAACUUCUUGGUAAAACAUGGCUAUCAUAUAGAUGAAGAUUUUAUAUAUGCUGAUUUCUUCCCCGUUUGAUUGAAGAGAUCCCCUGGAAGUCUGACUCUGACAUAUAAGGAGUGUAUUGCUCCAGUUUAGUUUGUUGUCCCCCUAUAUGGAAACAAAAUGAGGUAGAAACAAUGCAUAAUUGAUGAAUUUGCCAGAUAUGACUUGGGUUGUAUUCAAUAAAUCAACCAGGCUCU